UAGAAAAGGGCAACACGGAACGGCAGGUCGCAACACGUUACUUUCGUAUCAAAAGAGCAGUCCGCGAAAAAUGUGUUGAUUCGGCGAAUCGCACAUCAUCUACGCAGGCAUGCCAAUCUGCGAGCUACCAAUCUCGUGCAAACUUUUGUGAUAUUUAGCGUUUAGUUCGUCGAAGUAGAGUAAACACGCAGUACGGAGUCGUGGCGCAGCGACAAAGCGAGGAAAAAGCAGUGGUUUUCUUGCUUUUUUCGGCCCAUCGCUCAGAGUGGCCAGCCUGGCUUUCCUUUGGGGUGUCGGGCAGCGAUUUGGCUCACUGUGUGUUAUUAUUUUCUAUUGAGUUCAUUUUUCGUCGGCCCGCGCAUGCUGUUGCCUAUCAGUGUGUGUAUGUGUGUUUUGUGAAAAACUUCACGAAAUUGCUCGGGGCUCAAGGAAACCCCUGGAAGCCGCGCAAAAGCGUCGCCCGCGCUUAUGUAAACGGUGUGAUAAACGCAGAAUCGCCUUGUCGGUGGGUUGGUUGUGAUUGAAAACCAGAACUGUUGCAGCGGACACUGCACAAAGCGAACCUACGCCAUUCAACGGAACUGUUUUUCUUCGCAAGUCAUCGCAAGCUUACAGUCGCACCUCGCGAUAGACAAAAGAAAUUUGCAGCUUCCCCAUUGUAAAGUGGGAGCGUUGGCCGUUCGAUCGGUGCCCUCAACCCCAAAAUAGGAAGAAAAUCUUGCAGUGCACCAUCUCGCUCGCUCCUCCGUGGGGCAGAUCGAAAAAAGGAAACAUCAGUCACGGCACGGAACGGAAAACGCGAGUGAGCGAAAGAGAGGGAACCAUCCGACCGUUCGAGAAGUAUUGUUAGUGGGGUAAACCGGAAGAAACCAUCGAGCAGCAGUGUUGAGCCAGCGAAACAUCUUCGAUCGCAGGAAGCUGCAACAGUAAAUCAGCGCACACAUUCGCACGCACCUAAAUCCCAUAGCUCAGCGCGGAAAAUGUCCACUCCAGCUCGCAGAAGAUUGAUGAGAGAUUUCAAAAGGCUGCAGGAGGAUCCACCGACCGGUGUGUCCGGUGCGCCGACCGACAACAAUAUAAUGAUCUGGAAUGCUGUGAUUUUUGGGCCACAUGACACACCCUUCGAGGAUGGCACAUUUAAGCUGACGAUAGAGUUCACCGAGGAAUACCCGAACAAGCCGCCGACGGUGCGGUUCGUGUCGAAAAUGUUCCAUCCAAACGUGUACGCGGACGGUGGAAUCUGUUUGGACAUUUUGCAAAACAGAUGGAGCCCCACGUAUGACGUGUCGGCCAUUCUUACAUCGAUUCAGUCAUUACUAAGCGAUCCAAAUCCCAACUCGCCAGCCAAUUCAAUGGCCGCCCAACUCUACAAAGAAAAUCGCAGAGAGUACGAGAAACGAGUGAAAGCUUGCGUCGAGCAAAGUUUUAUCGACUAGCCCCGUUUCCUGCUGUCGCUGUCCUUGCCCUUACCGUCAUCAUCAUCAUCAGUGUUGUCGAUGUGCGUCAUCUUAUUCGGUCGGCGAUGGUUACCGACACCUAACCUGAACCGGGUGUCCUUUGCCAAUUUAUUACCCCACGAGCACAAUACCUUUCCCAGCAGUUGUUGAUCCGAUGUUGUGCCCAAACAGCGGCGAAAAGGCUCCCGAGAUAGACCUCCAGCUACAAACCAUGUCAGUUACACGUUACUUUCCCUAGUUUAUUGGCUACGACGAAGAGUUGGCUACUUAAAAAUGUCCUGUCAAUCGAUACAUGAAAAUUAUGGAAGAACUAGCAGAAAAAAACACAGUUAUUGCAAUAAUCGUCAGUAGGACUCACAAAAUCGGGAGAAAGACAGCAUCUUCCCCAAGAAGCUACUACUUUCCAUCGAAAGUCCUGUUUUUGGAAGGCUCACUAUCGUGGCGUAUGGGCGGAGCGAAAGGCGUGUGUUCUUUGAAAAUUCCUGGUAGUGCCGUAGCGUAGAUCACACUCGGCACCUCGGCACGGUAGCAGCUGCCAGGAUAGAAACACUAGCUGCUCUGAGAGCGGACAGCUAGUAGGAGUUGGCCAAAAGUUAUUGCGUUUUUCGUCGUUCACAAAGGAAGUAUAAACUAUAUAUGAUAUAUAGAUAUGUAUGCAUAUAUUAUUGUAAGACCUGUCGACCUUGCAAUGAAAGGAGAGGUUAUGGUGUUUGAAACAGAAUAAAAUGAUAUCGAAGAAUGUCACUUAGGCUAAUCAUCAUUACAGUAAAAUAAUUAUGUACACGAUAAAUUGCGCGCCACCAUUGGGCAACGGGUGUGUUAGCACCGACCGUCUUCUGGGUAUGCCACACUUAGUCCUUUCAGUAACAUUUAGCAGACACAAAACACGCACUCACAUUCAAAGGGGGUUGAAGUGGUAACGAUGCAAGAGGGCGAAGCGUUCGAUGUCGAUCUUCUAACUAAAGUGGGAAACGAAACUUCAAGAAUAUUCGAGGAGGCGACGCCGCGGUACUGAUAACGCCGAGAAGAGAGUGGAGGUCGUCGGCUCUUUAAAGUAAAUCGAAAUUUUCGCAUUAGAUUCGGAGUACUAACUUUGAAAGAUAUCGUUUUUCUCUAAAUGACCCACUGGUGGCAGGAUUAAACAGUAUACUGUCAACGUUUGAAUUCAACCAAACAGCGUAGGGAUAAAAACGGUGGUAAAAACCGGUGGGAAAACCGUCAGUGACAUUCCUAUGCACUGUGAAAGGCGGAAUUGUGUAAUGAUGAAUGCGUUACUGUAGGUGGUACGGAGCGAAAAUUUUCUUAUGAAUAUGUUCCGGGAAUCAAGCUUCCAUAACUGUGCAACAAAUUUUCCCAUUGGAAACAGAAUGAUACAAACCGUACGCAAACUAUGUUUAAUUCUAUGUUGAAACUAGAAUCAAAACUAACGAGUGCCGUUGCUUCGAACCUGCGCAAACGAGGGCUUCUUUUCCGUUACGGAACAUUCUUAACGGCGGCGCUAUUUCAUAGCUUUCCGUCCGUCGCCACUAGUGUUCCUCCUAUUCGAAUUCUUUUGGCCAACGGCUUUCCGUGACAUCCUGUGAGAUGAGAAGUCGCCGAAGACUACGCGCGCAAGGACAAAGACAGCAACAAGGGAACGAAACGAUACAGUCACGGCGAGAGGAAGCACCAAGUUUAACUUCUUACAACAAAACAGAAACACACUUCGCACACACAAUGGUUGCACUAUUUAGUGCUGCGAAGCAAUGCAACUACUGCAUGUGUGAAACAAUAAACGAUAGCCAACAAAAACCUUGUAACAAAAUAUAAAAAUAGUAAAAUAAAGCGAAUACAAAUC